GCCGCACUACACCCACACACCCACACAGACACACACACUUCUGCAGCUAGAACAGCAUCAGCAGGAAACAUGCUACUCGUAAUCCUUUUGGUUGGUGCGGUUAUUUUUACAGAGGAGUCAGUAGCUCAGACCGCACCUUCAGAUGGAACAGCUAACACAGAUGUGACUGUAUUAAACACAAACGCUACCACAUUGCCUAGUACAACUGUGAACACAUCAACCGCUGCCACAACUCAGACCACAUCGCUCACAAAUGGAACAACUAACACUGGUUUUAAUGAUAGAAACGGAUCUCUCACAAGCACUACCACAUUGCUUAGUACAACUGUGAACACAUCAACCACUGCCACAACUCAGACCACAUCGCUCACAAAUGGAACAGCUAACACUGGUGUUUAUGCAGUGUACCCUAUCCGUCUCGGGCUGCGAGCUUUGGUCAGAUCUUCUGUGCCAUUGGAUAAAGAUUCAGCCAACAUCAUUUUGCAGCGGUAUUUAGGAUUCAUACAAUACUACAACAUAAGAGGCAAAGUAACAAGCAUUAAGCGGUUGUGAAGUAUGAAGAAGGUUUGGGAUAUUUUCAAGGACUUCCACAUUUUUUUUUUUUUUGCAAAUCAUUGCCUUAGCAGUUCUUUUGAAAUUAUAAUUUAAAGUUAUAGUGAAACCUUGUGUAAGGAUAUAAUCAAAGCAACUAUGUAAUUUGAAUGAAAGAAUAAAUGAAUGAACAAAUGAGUACAUUA